UUCUAUAAUAUAAUACACAAAACGUACGUCUCACAACGCAUCCAAUUUAAUUUUGUAUGUGCCAAUGUUGAUUCAUCAUGAUCAUUCAGUUGCCGGUUCGCGACGAGCAAACCCCAAUGAGAAUAAUGUUGAUGAAGAUUAUGAAUUAUUAAGAGAGAAAAUUAACGACGAGAAAUAUGCUAUAUACUCCCAACAGCUUAACGCUUCACAGGGUUUUGAUGUGGACACUAUCUCAAUUUCUGAUAUGACGGGUGAAAUCUUCCAACUUAUGCGUGUGGGGGGAGAGCCGGACCAUGAACUCAAAAAUAUUGUUGAUUUUGCCAUUGAACAACAAAAUAAGAAUGAGGGCUCUCACCUUCAACUGGUCAAAAUUAUUAAAGCUAAUUGCGCAUGUGUAGCCGGCGAAAUGUACUACGUCACGUUAGACGCGAAGGACGGGGAGGACAAUAUUGAUACGUACGAAGCUCAAGUUUAUGAUGGAAUUCAGGAGCGCGAUCUUAUGUUGUUUAGACAAUCGAAAACACCCUCGGGCAGCAGCAGCAGCAGCAGCAGCAGCAGUAGCGAUUAGAUUUCUUCCAAGAGUGCUUUGGUUUUCACCCCUCUACUCCUAAUCAUCAGGUUCAUAAUGUGCUUUUUGCUUCCUAAUCUUCAUAUUUUUAUUUUGUUUCACAAGAAUGGAUUAUAACUAGAAAGUUUCAGUAUCAUAAGCGUUUUCAAAAACAUAAAUAAAAUGUCAAAACGUAAGACUCGACAAAUUUUUGUGCAGUAUAGAUUAUAACUAUAGAAGGGCAAGCUACUCGUUUCAUCUUAAGUAUGCUUACCUAGGUUUGACAGUGAAAAGAUGUUAAGCCAUGUUUAUUGACAAGCAGAUCAUUUCCAUUUAUUUUGGGGGAGAUAACUUUAGAUGUUUGGAGUCAUUAAUUCAGCAAACAAUAAUUUAUGGGGAUGAUAUAGUAAACCACCAGAAAAUUAAUUACAUUAUUAAACUGAUAUGCAUAGUUGCCAUCACUUAAAAACACAUUCAAAAUCCUCUGUAAUAGAAAGGUUAGGAAUGUGUAUGGGGAUGAAAAAGAAUUUGUAUGACGAUGAUUGUUUUUCAUAUGUUGUUUGAUUCAAUAAAUUAGUGUAAAAAUGGUAAUCAAUGAGUAUGUAAAAUUGAUGCACAUGACAAGCCAGAAUAGUUGUAUAAUGGUUGGUAAUUUAGUUCUUUCUGUAGCUUAGCAUUUCAUGUUUUAUCCUUUGAGCAAUAUUUUUUUUUUUGGUUAAGAUUUUGUGAUAUUGUGAGGACUGAAAGGAUUCCUUUGUGUGAUAUUGUAAGCACUGAAAGUAUUCCAACGGCCAAUGUGAACCUAGCCUGAAUGAUUAAGGCGUCUGUAAGUGCAUCGAAAGGUUGUGGGUUCGAACCACACCUCGGUAACUAACAACUAACAUGAGACUCUAAAGAGUCGAUUUCCACCUUUGAUCAAAAAAGAAAAAGUAUUCCAACGGGUCCGGUUUU